AUGGAUCGGAAUGGAAAAUUAAAAAAGAACAAAGGAGUUGACAAUGAUGAAGUUAUCAAGCAAAUAAUUAUUGAUAAUCUGGAUGUCACGGGUGGCUACAAAAGAGAAUCCAUCUACGAUACUCUCGCAUGGCACACAAUUAUUUUCCCAUUAACGAUAUUCCGAUACAUUAAAUGGACAGCACUUUGGUAUUGGAGAUUUGCAAUUCAAAAGGAGGAAUAUGAUGAUGACGCCAAGCUUUAUCUUAUUAGAAAGUACAUUGGAGUUUCACAAAUGGAAUUCGAUCAGAAGUACACUGAUGAAGACAUUGAUGAUCUUUUUGAACGAGAAUGCUGGCUGAAAACAAAUUGUGCAACGUGGAAAGCCGAGCGAGACGCUGCGGAACAAGAAAAAAUGGCUCAAUCGGGUCGGUACAAAAGGUAUAAGAGAUAUAUGAAAAACGCGGGAACUAUUUCGUUUGUCGAUGAAGAUUAG